GCGCAUCCGGGCGAAUGACAAGCUGAUAGGUGACGUGUUUGGCAGUGUAAACUGAGCGAAAUACAAUAAAACACUAUGCAAACCCGGCUUAUUUUGGUACUCCUAGCCCUGGCCCCGCUGGUUCUGGCCAAGAAGUUCAAGGAGGAGGAGAAACCGGCUUGGGCCAAGAAGGAUAUCCGCGACUACAGCGAGGCAGACCUAGAGCGUCUGCUGGAUCAGUGGGAGGAGGAUGAUGAACCGCUGGAGGCAGAUGAACUGCCCGAGCACCUGCGACCACAGCCCAAGCUGGAUCUGUCCAACCUGGACAGCAAGAACCCCGAGGAACUGCUCAAGGUAUCCAAAAAGGGACGCACUCUGAUGACCUUCGUAUCGGUGACCGGCAAUCCGACCAGGGCGGAGGCCGAGGACAUCACCAAGCUGUGGCAGACCAGCCUCUGGAACAAUCACAUCCAGGCGGAGCGCUACAUGGUUGACGAUAACCGCGCAAUAUUCCUCUUCAAGGAUGGCACCCAGGCCUGGGUGGCCAAGGACUUCCUCGUGGAACAGGAGCGCUGCAAGGGCGUUAGCAUCGAAAACAAGGAGUACCCGGGUGUCCAUGCCCAGAAGGACGAACUGUAGGCCAUUCCUCGAUAAUGUCAUCAAAAUAUUCUCAUGCACUGAAGUAUUUUUAAGCUUAAAGUUGAACAAAUUUAAAUAAAGUGAAUUACUGAAGAAUA